UGGCGUGAGGCCCUCAGAUUUAAGGCCAAGUAUGAACGAAGUAAGCUAAGGAUGAAUCUGAGGGAGUGCCAGAAAAAAAGCCGAGACAGGAGAUGCAACCUACACUGCCUCAUAGAAUGUCAAGGCCCACUGCACUUGCAAACAUGGCAGAUGGGGAAGAUGAGGAAUGCAUUGCCGCCCACAUAACUGGGAUGUGUAAAGAACUGCGCAAACCAAGCCCAAGUCAUGAAUACUUGUGUGACUCCAUGAGGCGAACAUUUGCUGAGCGGAGAGGAUGGAUUGCUUUUCGAAUUCCAAGUGUCAAAGAUGUGCUGGAAAAAUAUCCUGCACUGUCCACAAGCGCUAUUGUUCACUUAGAGUUUCAGGUGGCGCGCAACGUGCAGUUGCUGGAGGCUCUCGAGAAAGUUUUCCAGAACUCCGCAUCAAAAAUAGUCGCUGCUGUCCGGAAGAAGCGACACUUAGACUCGCUCAACAAAGAUAUAGUGGGCCAUGUGGACAGCGCCUCUGAGCCCUCACAGUCUGAUGACGUCAUGCUCACGGCAGCAGUAUGCGUGCUGCCAAGCCUUGUAAAGGAGCGGAUGGAGGCCUUUAUUUGCCCAGACAUAAGUAUUCUUCUGAAACAAAAUUUUAUUGGGAACAGCACUAAUCCGUUGAUCUGGAGCACAAGCAAGAAUUUUGAGCCAGCUACCAUUAUGCAUAAUCGCAUUGUCGGUGCUCCAGCCAUGUGGUUAAAGUACCUACAAAACCUCUUAGUUCUUAUAUAUUAUUGCAAUUAGCAUUCUUAGGAUAUUUCAUGCACCUUCCGCUGUCUUUGCAGUCCAUACGGUCCUGCUCGCACAUUUUUCUGGCUGUGGCCGUGCCAUCCGUUGUUAUAUGAGAAUUUUGGGCAUGUUCACCCCAAGUGUUAUCUAGGUCAAGUCAAGCAUAGGCUUAAAGUUAAGGUGCAUUUAUGAAUACCGAGGUUAGUAACCUAUAAUGGAGACUACCUGCUUUCACAUAAUGAUAGUAAUAAGAAAAUACUGCAAGGUAAGAAGAAAAAGUUUCUAUGUCUGAAAAUGUCAAGCAAAUGAACCCUGCAUACAGUCCUAGGCACACAGGAAGAUCCAGAGACAAAAGGAAGGACACAUUGCACCACACCCUGUACUGAGUUGUGACCUAUAUAUGAUGCUAUAUAUUUAUUGUUAUAUGGCCAUUUGUACAAGUCGUUCUUUGUUGAAGAAACAUGUUUUCAUUGUUUCAUCGGUUUCUUUUGCAUGCUUCAUUGGUUGUGCUGUUUUAUAAAGAUCAUGAAAGAUGGUGGACACAUUCCUUUUCAGGACCCUGGGGCCAUGUACAUGUUUCCAACAGUCACAUACCCAGCAGGUGGAAGCAUUUUUGAUGCCACCGAGUUUGUCGUGCGACUCGAGGACGUGGCCAUUCCUGAAACUUACUGGCGGCAGUGGCCACACUAAUUGCCCUCUAUUGGGCUUUUGACAUUGUCUUUGACCUAAAGGCAAAGAAGUCGCUAGACUUGAUUUGCCAGGUCAUUAGUGUGGACAGUGGAGUGAGCCCUACACCCCUUGUUCAACUGGCUGCAGCACUAUUUCAAUGAGGAGGCUGAAAAUUUUAUGCUAUCAGCCUCCUCACUGAAAUAGUGCUGCAGUUAGCCUCAGGUCAGAUGGGAAAAUUCAGCGUAACUUAGAGUAAGUGUACUUUGCUGUUAGUGUCACAUGCAGGCUGUCAGAUGGAAAAGUUUAGUUACACAUGCUGUGGAGUGCACUCGCUAGCAAGUGUGUUUGAUGAACUCGCUGCCCUGCCCUGACGUGUGUAGCCUCAAUACUAGCACUUAAGAGUAAAUAAAAAAAUAAUGAGCGCAGAGUUAGCACAAAUUCUAAGACCGUCUUUUUUUAAAUUUAAAAUGUUAUGAUGGUUUUUGUGUCAUCAGUAAAAUUAAAACUAGCUUGAAAUGUUCAUUCAAACAAUGAAAGAAAAAUUUUCAACGUUCAAAGUCCAUCUUUUGGAUGGUAUGGGCUUUGAAUAUCUUCCUUGCUUGUAUUACCUCAAUAUACAUGUUAACAAGAUUAUAGCAUUUCUAUAUUUUGUCGUAAAGGUUCUUGUAACUCAGAAUUUUUUGCAUGAGAAGAGUAAUUAUUUGUAAAGCACUACAUGCUGAGAAUCAUAUCAAGCCUUAUGGCUUCAUAUACAGUGAAAUCUCGUUACUAUGAGCACCACAUUAACAAGAUUUUCAGAGAUCCCCUGCCGACCGCCUAUAGUUGCAAUCUAAAAAUAUUUCAGUACUACAAACUUCAGAACACCGAAGUUUUCAGGACAACAAUUAUUAUUCAAUUUCUGUGUCAGGUUAACAAUGCUUCAGUACUGUGAAGUCACAUGAAGAAAUCCAGGGACUCUUAGAUUUCAGUUUAUCCUUCACAGGAGCUGUCGUGUUAGGCUAGCAAAUGAAACUGUGCAUAAAGUAGCACAGUGUGGGCUCCAAAAUACCUGAGACAGCAUGGGAAGAAAAAAAAACAUGCAGAGGCAAUUUCUCUUUCUUUUCUUUUUUUCUUUUGUUCUUUCUGGAGGUGACUACAUAUUAGGUUUUGUGACCGCAUGCGGCAAUAAAAGUGACAAAAAAGAAAAGAAAAAGAAAAAAGAACAUUGUGCUUUGGAGGCAACUGGGAGCUUGUCUAUGGUUUUGUCGGCGGCGUCUCUUUCAUGUGCGCCGCGGUGCUUUGGUGGUACAUGGUGGCCGAGUCAAUGGAAAAUAGCAACAGCAUAGGCAGAGGGCCAACUCUAAAGUUUUUGUGGAUGGCCCACACAGUCAAAACUUACGCACUUAUGGCUUGAUGCACGGAAUUGUUAAUUCUGGGGCUUUUGCUAUGAUGACCUUUCAUAUUAACGAACAAUUUAUCAUAGUCCCCUGAAGUUUAUUAUAUCAAGAUUUCACUGUAGCAUCAUUUUCAGUACUCCUGAAUGGCACUUUGGUUUGCCAC